AUGUCGUUCUUAUUUGGUGGAAGUGGGAAAUCAAAGGAACAAGAAGCGGCAGAUGAAGAUAAAAAUUUAAGAACAUCUCUUGGUUUUGAUCCAAAUCAAGUAACGAACGUUGCAAAUAUAAUCUCUACACCGGGAGGCUUGGAUAUUUCUAAGCUACACCCUCUGGCGGGUGUUGAAAAGGGAGUUGAAUACCUUGAUUUAGAAGAUGAGCAAUUGAGUACUUUACAAGGGUCCCAGGGUUUGAUUCCCUCAAGGGGGUGGACCGAUGACCUUUGUUACGGUACUGGUGCUGUUUACUUGACAGCCCUAGGUCUUGGUGGUUCAUACGGGUUCAUCGAGGGUGUGAAAAAUAUCCCUCCUAACGCUCCAGGAAAAUUACAAUUAAACACUAUUUUAAAUCACAUAACUAGAAGAGGUCCAUUUUUGGGUAACAAUGCCGGUGUGUUGGCACUGGUUUACAAUUUGGUUAACUCCAGUAUAGAUUCCGUACGGGGUAAGCACGAUUCAGCUGGAAGUGUCGUUGCUGGUGCUCUAUCAGGUGCUAUCUUUAAGUGCUCUAAGGGUCUAAAACCAAUGGGGUAUGCGUCUGGAACUAUGGCGCUUGCGGCUGCAGGUUGGUGUGGUUUAAAAUCAGUGCUCCUUUAA